GAAAGAGAAAGAGGAAACAGGUAAUGCGGUAAGGUGGGCGGGAAAGAACCGCGGGGGGAGGGGAGCAGAUAAGCAAAGGAAUUUACAAGAAAGUUAAAUUUACAGGAGUGCCCCAGACAGGGGAGGGAGGAGCUACUAAUACAAAAGGUUAUAGCAUGAGAGGAGUCACAAACUGAAAGAAAAAGGGAGAACAGAAGCAGUUACCCACCGAGUGAAGGAGGGCUCAACAAAAACAAGAAGGAGGAAGUCUCGGAGGCUGGAGAGCGGCGUGCUCGUAUGACUGGGUGCGCACUCGCCUUUAGACAGGGAAAAAGGAGCAGGAGAUCUGCAGAGAGGCACCUGAGCAGCAGACUGACUGUGCCAACAUGCUGAUGAAGGAGUACAGGAUAUGUAUGCCACUGAGCGUGGAGGAGAAUCGGUCAGCUGUACAUGAUUAGCAAACACAGCCACGAGCAGAGCGGCGACGGCGAAGGGGUGGAGGUGAUCUGCAAUGAGCCCCAUGCCCACCCCCAGCACGGCCCCGGGCAGUACACCGAGAAGCACAUACACCUCAGCAGUAAACUUCCAUCUUGGAUAAGUAUGUUUGUCCCUCGGAUCUUCUACAUCAUAGAGAAGGCCUGGAACUUCUACCCUUACACCAUAACCGAGUUCACGUGCUCCUUCGUCCCCAAGUUCUACAUCCGGAUUGAGACCAAGUUCGAGGACAACAAUGGAAGCAAUCUCAAUGUGUUCGGAGACACACCCACCCCAAAGGAGAACGUGAGCCACUUGGACAUCCUGAACGAUCCCAUUCCUGAGAAGCAUUAUAAAUCAAAAGAGGACCUCAGCACAUGGGUAUCGGCAAAGACGGGCCGGGGGCCUCUGCAGGCGGGAUGGCAGAAUCAAAGCCAUCCCAUAAUGUGCUCCUACAAGAGAGUGCAGUGCAGCUUUGAAGUCUAUGGGCUGCAGGGGAAGGUCGAGGACUUCAUACACCGGACUGUUAAUGAUAUCCUUCUUGUUGGCCACAGACAGGCUGUGGCUUGGAUGGACGAAUGGCACGGCAUGAGCUUGGAGGAGGUCAGACAAAUUGAGAAGGAGCUGCAGGAGCAAACCAACAACAACCUGAAAUCCAAGCAGAGUCCAGGUUACGUCUCCACCCCUCGCUUUACUCGGUCUGUGUCAGUCUCCGACGAGGUGUCCUUAAGGAAGAUGGGUGCGGCACCCGCUUCUUCACCUCCAAACGCUGUGCGCUUAAACUCCACCCCAGAGUGACAUAUCCCUGGCGGCCCCCAGGCUAGAUUUGCGUAAGCCCUCCGCCAGGCAAACAAGCGGGAAAGCUACGUCCGUUUCAGGCUAGUGCUACAUCCUUUUAAAAUGUUUAAAAAGGUCUAUUUGCUGAGAGGUGUAAUGCUAUGAGGCUUAUAAUAGUUUUGGGAUAUAUGAUAGAUGGACGUCAAGUACAGUAGGUAGCCUAAUGUUAUUUAUAUAACAUUUUAAAUAUUUUUACACACAGACGUUUAAAAGCAGUUUCAUAAUAUUUUAAGAGAAAAAUGAGAUUACAAUUGAAAUAUGACGUCCGUCAAUUUUACUGGUAUUAAAUGUUUACAAACUUAUGUAAAUGUAUCAAAAACUGUGUUUUAUAGUCAUAUGACGUUGUAAUAAUGUACAGUGAAUUUCUUAACCAUUUUACGUUUUUAAAUACAUAUCUGACUUUUUACUCUUCUGGCAAA